GUAGGUGAAAGAAAAGAGUCGAAGAAUAAUAAUGACAUAGGCCUAUAUUAUAGAUAGAAAAUAUCUAUAACGUGAUGUGAUAAUUGACAACAGUUCACCUUCAAGAUGGAUCUAGAUCCAGACAUAACCUCUGUUGUGUCAAUGGCAGAGUUUGAGGAGUUUAACCCGGCAGAAUUACCACUUAAUUUUGAUAUGCCUGACCUAACACCAUAUAAUGAUUCAGUUGGUAUAGAAGCUGCUGAUGUGGGAAGCCUACUAGAACAGUUUGAAGAAGCAUCAAAUUCUUUAUCUGGAUUUGAAGAUCUCAAAAUGAGCAAUGAAACAAAAACCAUUGAAAAAUUGGCAGUGUCAAUAAUCCCAGAGAAAUCUAAUAGCAAGGAUGCACUGUACAAGAUCAAAGCUUUAAAUAAAAGAAAGUCUGUAAUCCUUUUGCCAAUGGGGAUGCCGUCAAAAAGGGGGCGUGGCCAGGCUAUUGCAUUAAAGCCUACCAGUACCACUCCCAGACUGCAACGAAUACUACAGAAGUCGUCCGCAGAAGUGAGUCAAUCUUUACUGGAGUCCAUGGAAAAGUAUUCCCCAAAGAAACAGCCAGUAUGUACCGCCUCUGACAUUCUGGCUGAAGAGAAAACUUCUGUGAAUAAAAAUUACUACAGAGACAUCUUGGAUCAUGACUACUGUCAGAAUGUCCCCAGAUUAGAGAGAAACAAAACGCAGUCAAACUUAAACUGUCAUCCAGGUGAUGUUCUGGACUUGGAAGAUGGAGAGAUUAUAGACGAAUUUGAUGAUGUGGAGAACGAAAAAGAUAAAAACUUGACAAAUUCCACAUCAGAUGGUUUCAAAAAUAAACAAAAUCUUGCCCUUGCUAAGGAUAAUGUCUCAAAUAAAUCAAGUGAUUCACAACAGAAAGGACAGAAGUUUAGUGGCAGGAACUAUAGAAAGAGAGACGAGAGUCCAGUUGGUAAGGAAGAUGAUAAAUUCUUUGAUAAAAUCCCGUCCUACUACACAGCCUUGUCACUGAAUGGUGUCAAACAGUCCAAAUCUAAAAAGGAAAAUAUCGCUCCAAAAGAAGAUAGCAAUGGAGGGGGCAUUACUAUUCAGGACUUCUUUGAGCCAAAUCCCAUGCCUCAGGGAGACAGCUCAGUUUACAGUAGACUACCAGCUUAUCAUAGCUGUUUCACAAACAGUACCAAGUAUGACAACAAUGAUGUCUCCUUGGAAAGCAAGUCAAGCAGUGGAUACUCAAGUAGGAGCCGAUCUCCCUUAAUGAGCCAAAGAUCAAGUUCAAGGUCAGCCAGUAGAAAUUCAAGUAGGUCAAGGUCAAGGGAUCGUAACAGGAGAGGAAGAAGGAGGAGGAGAAGUGGUACUUAUGAUUCCAUUGUAUCCAGAUCUCGAUCUAGGUCAUACGGAUCUUCAUAUUCAAGGUCAUCUCGUUCAAGAUCUCGGUCAUAUUCACGGUCAAGAUCUAGGUCAUACAGCUCCAGAUCUAGGUCUUCAUCUGUUUCCAGCAGGUCUAGAAGUCGGAGUAGAAGUUACAGUAGACAUAGAGGAUACAGAAGUAGAAGUCGAAGCUUGUCACAUGAGAGACAUCUGGCAGAACGCCAGAAACGUAGAGAGGAGGAGAGGGCGCAAAAAAUGAAAGACAGAAGAAUCAUUUAUGUGGGAAAAAUUCCAAACAACUACUCUAAAAGACAGCUGAGAAAAAGAUUUGAGUGUUUUGGAGAAAUAGAAGAAGUUAGUGUCCAUUUCAGGGAGUGUGGGGAUAACUAUGGCUUUGUGACCUUUGCCUAUACAUGUGAUGCAUAUGCAGCAGUGGAAAAAGGUAAUCAGGUCCCUGGAGCACUAGAAUUUGACCUUUGUUUUGGUGGCAGACGACAGUUUUGUGAAGUGGAAUAUGCUGAUUUAGGUACUGAAGGAGGCAAAAUU